CUCUUAACACCGAUAUACGUAUAAAACUCCGUAUAUUCACACCCUGUCAAACCAAGAAUCCUUCAAUAAUUGUCAACUAACCUUCACACCCACAACAAAUCCCCUUCAAAGUUGAUCAAUUUCCGUUUCAACUCCUCUCAAAACUCCCAAACAAAGAUGGGGGUUCCAGUUCGAACAACAGGGGUUAUGGGUGUCGAUAAUCUCAGCGAAAAAGCAGCAAAGAUGAGAGAAUCACUGAAGCAGAGUCAAACAAUCACAGAAAACAUGGUUUCUAUUUUGGGUUCUUUUGAUCAUCGUUUGUCUGCUCUUGAAACCGCCAUGCGACCCACUCAGAUUAGGACACAUGCUAUACGCAGAGCUCAUGAGAACAUUGAUAGGACCUUGAAGGCUGCUGAUGUCAUAUUGGACCGGUUUGAUCUUUCUCGUGAGGCCGAGGCUAAAAUUCUUAAAGGGCCACACGAGGACCUUGAAAGCUAUCUUGAAGCUAUCGAGCAGCUAAGAAACAAUAUCGUCUUUUUUACCAACAAUAAAAGCUUUAGAAGUAGUGACGGAGUUAUUAGCCAUGCAAGUAACUUACUUUCUAAGGCUAUAUCAAAGCUCGAACAAGAAUUUAAACAACUCUUAUCGUCAUACAGCAAACCGGUGGAACCAGAUCGGCUAUAUGAAUGCCUACCGAGUUCACUAAGACCGUCGUCUGGAUCACCUGAUUCGAAGAAUCCUUCUAAUAGUCAUGCGGGUCAUAUCACUGCCGAAAAUGCGGUUUUCACUCCGUUAAUCCUCAUACCACCGCGGGUCCUACCCUUGCUUCAUGAUUUAGCCCAACACAUGGUCCAAGCGGGUCACAUACAACAAUGCCUUGUGAUUUACAGGGAUACCCGUUCUGUAGUCUUGGAAGAAACACUUCAGAAAUUAGGAGUUGAGAAGCUUAGUAAAGACGAUGUCCAAAAGAUGCAAUGGGAGGUUUUGGAACUCAAGAUUGGGACUUGGAUUCAUUUCAUGCGUAUUGCGGUGAAAUUAAUAUUUACCGCAGAAAGAAAAGUUUGUGAUCAAAUGUUUGAUGGCAUUGACUCGCUUAAAGAUCAGUGCUUUGCUGAAGUGACAGCUGGCAGUGUCUCCAUGUUACUUAGUUUCGGAGAUGCGAUUGCCAAAAGCAAGAGAUCGCCGGAGAAGUUGUUUGUGCUUUUGGACAUGUAUGAGAUAAUGCGCGAGCUUCACACUGAGAUUGAAUCACUUUUUAGAGGCAAAGCUUGCAAAGACAUUCGAGAAUCUGCUCUAGGUUUAACCAAAAGACUCGCGCAAACAGCUCAAGAAACAUUCGGGGAUUUCGAGGAAGCCGUCGAAAAAGACGCAACAAAAACAGCCGUCUCAGAUGGAACGGUUCAUCCUCUCACAAGCUACGUGAUCAACUACGUGAAAUUUCUGUUCGACUACCAGUCAACUCUAAAGCAACUAUUUCAAGAGUUUGAAAAUGGAGAGGACUCGAAUUCACAACUGGCAUCCGUAACGAUGCGAAUUAUGCAGGCACUUCAAAUCAAUUUAGAAGGAAAGUCCAAACAGUAUAAAGAUCCUGCUUUGACCAACUUGUUUCUUAUGAAUAAUAUUCACUACAUGGUCAGAUCCGUACGCAGGUCUGAAGCAAAGGAUUUGUUGGGGGAUGAUUGGGUGCAAAGACACAGACGCGUUGUGCAACAACACGCUAAUCAGUACAAGAGGAUAGCUUGGGCAAAGAUCCUGCAAUGUCUCUCGAUUCAAGGGUUGACCUCAUCUGGAGGUGGUAGUUCAGUCGGGGCCGCUGAUGGAGGAAACAGUAGUGGAGCCUCACGAGCACUUGUAAAAGAUCGGUUGAAGAUCUUCAAUGGUCAGUUUGAGGAGCUUCAUCAACGACAAUCUCAGUGGACGGUUCCUGACACGGAGCUACGAGAAUCUUUAAGGCUUGCGGUUGCUGAAGUAUUGUUGCCUGCAUACAGAUCCUUUAUCAAACGUUUCGGGGCGCUUGUUGAAAAUGGGAAGAAUCCUCAUAAAUACAUCAGGUAUACAGCGGAGGAUCUUGACCGGAUGCUUGGUGAGUUUUUCGAGGGUAAGACUUCGAAUGAAGCCAGACGGUAGAGUUGAAUUACUACUCUUUUACCCUUGUGGUAGUGAAUGAUAAGAUAAGAGAGCGUAGUAUAUCUGGCUGGGUAUGGAUUAAUUUUUCUUAGUUGAUGUUACUGCUGUUGUGAACUAUUCUUUUGUAAUUGUGUAUAGAUUUAGUGGAACAAGUUACAUAACUAGUUUUUUUUUUAUGUCUUUCAUUGUGAUAUUUAGAUCUGUUUGUUUUCA